AUGGUUUUGGUCAAAUGUUGUUCAGGCGACAUACAGUACUCCGACGACAAGCGGUUCUGGUGCACCAAUUUGGCUACCCCUCACGUUGGCUACACCCUCACUGUGGCUACACCCUCACGUUGGCUACACCCCUCGUUAUUUACACCCCUCACGUUGGCUACACCCCUCGUUGGCUACACCACCCACGUUGGCUACACCCUCACGUUGGCUACACCUCACUGUGGCUACACCCUCACCGUUAGCUACACCUCUGUGGCUACACCCCUCGUUGGCUACACCCUCACUGUUGGCUACACCCCUCACGUUGGCUACACCCCUCACGUUGGCUACACCACCCACGUUGGCUACACCCCUCAGGUUGGCUAUACCCCUCACGUUGGUUACACCCUUACGUUGGCUACACCCCUGACGUUAGCUUCACCCCUCACGUUGGCUACACCCCUCACUGUGGCUACACCUCCUGUGGCUACACCCUCACGUUGGCUACACCACCCACGUUGGCUACACCUCAGGUUGGCUAUACCCCUCGUUGGCUACACCCUCACGUUGGCUACACCCCUCCUGUGCACACCUCGUUGGCUACACCACCCACGUUGGCUACACCCCUCGUUGGCUACACCACCCACGUUGGCUACACCCCUCGUUGGCUACACCCUCAGGUUGGCUACACCCUCACUGUGGCUACACCCCUCACUGUGUUACACCCUCACUGUGCUACACCUCACGUUGGCUACACCACCCACGUUGGCUUACACCCCCUCAGUUGGCUAUACCCCUCACGUUGGCUACACCCUCACGUUGGCUACACCCCUCACUGUGGCUACACCUCACGUUGGCUACACCACCCGUUGGCUACACCCGUCACGUUGGCUACACCACCCCGUUGGCUACACCCCUCACGUUGGCUACACCCUCAAGUUGGCUACCCCCUCACUGUGGCUACACCCUCACUGUGGCUUCACCCCUCGUUGGCUACACCCUCAGUUGGCUAUACCCCUCACGUUGGCUACACCCCUCGUUGGCUACACCUCACGUUGGCUACACCCCCUCGUUGGCUACACCACCACACGUUGGCUACACCCCUCACGUUGGCUACACCCUCACUGGGCUACACCCCUCACUGUGGCUACACCUCAAGUUGGCUAUACCCCUCACGUUGGCUACACCCUCAGUUGGCUACACCCUCACUGUGGCUACACCCUCACUGUGGCUACACCUCACGUUGGCCACACCUCACGUUGGCUACACCUCACUGUGGCUACACCCCUCAUGUUGGCUACACCCCUCACGUUGGCUACACUCUCACUGUGGCUACACCCCCUCCUGUGUGGCUACACCCCUGACGUUGGCUACACCCUGACGUUGGCUACACCUGACGUUGGCUACACCCCCUGA